AUGAGGGUCUUGAUUCUCCUCGGUGCCUUGAUCACAGGAGCAGCCCCGUACAUCUUUGAAAAAUGUGAACUGGCUCACCUCCUGCGCAAGAGCGGACUGGAGGGAUAUCGUGGCUAUAGCUUGGCAAACUGGGUUUGCCUGGUCGAGCACGAGAGCAGCUACAACACCAGAGUGGUCGGACACAACCAGAGAGAUGGGAAGACCAUAUCCUCGGACUACGGGCUCUUCCAGAUCAGCAGCCAGGGCUGGUGCAAUGAUGGCCACACGCAGAGCAGGGGGCGCUCCAGGAAUUCAAAGAAUAAGUGUGGAAAGAUGUGCCUGACACUAUUUUGUAUUUCUUGUGCAGAUUUUAUCAACGAUAAUAUUGCCGAUGACAUUGAAUGUGUAAAGAAAGUGGUUCUGCCCCAAGGAAUGAACGUUUGGUAUGGGUGGAAGAAGAAAUGUCAGCGAAGGAACCUCACCAACUUUCUGAAGGACUGUAAAUUGUAAUAGCGGAUGAACCCCACACAUUGGAACCCCUCCAGCAAUCAACCCAUAACAUUUACUAACUGGCUUGGAUUUUAGUGAUGUGAGCUAAUGAGCAGCUUGUAGACUCAUAGCAUGGUGCAGCACAGAAACAGGCCUUUUGGCCUAUCUUGUACAUACCAUGAUGCCUAUUUACACUAACCCCAGUUGCCUUUUGAAUCUUUUCUAUCCACAUGCUGGUCCAAAUGUCUUUUAACCAUUUUAAUCGUGCCCCCCCUCCAAGCAGCUCAUUAUAGAUUCCCGUCAACCCUGUGUGAAAAGUCUGCCCCUCAGAUCUCAAUCAGUUUCACUCCCCCCACCUUAUACCUCUAGUUCCGGACUCUCCUGCUCUGGAUAAAGUCUAUCUAUCUUAGACCAUAAGACAUAGGAGCAGAAUUAGGCCAUCUGGCCCAUCGAUUCUGCUCCACCAUUCAAUCAUGACUGAUCCUUUUUUCCUAACUCCUCCUCAACCCCAGUUCCCGGCCUUCUCCCCAUAACCCUUCAUGCCAUGUCCAAUCGAGAACCUAUCGAUCACUGCCUUAAAUACACCCAAAGACCAGCUUUCAUGAAGCAACAAAUUCCACAAAUUCACCACCCUUUGGCUAAAGAAAUUUCUCUACAUCCUGGGAAACAUCCUUUCCACAUCUACUCUGUCUAGGCCUUUCAACGUUUGAAAGGUUUCAAUGAGAUCCCCCCUCAACCUUCUAAGUUCCUGUGAGCACAGACCCAGAGCCAUCAAUUGUUCCUCGUAUGACAACACUUUCAUUGCUGAAAUCGUCCUUGUGAGCCUCCUCUGGACCGUCUCCAAUGCCAGCACAUCUUUUCUAAGAUGAGGGGCCCAAAACUGUUCACAAUACUCAAGGUCAGGCCUCACCAGUGCCUUAUAAAGCCUCAGCAUCACAUCCCUGCUCUUGUAUUCUAGACCUCUUGAAAUGAAUGCCAACAUUGCAUUUGCCUUCCUCAGCACCGACUCAACCUGCAAGAUAACUUUCAGGGUGUUCUGCACAAGGAUCCCAAGUCCCUCUGCAUCUCAGAUUCCUGGAUUUUCUCCCUGUUUAGAACAUAGUUUGCAAAUUUAUUUCUAUUACCAAAGUGCAUUACCAAGCAUUUUCCAACAUUAUAUUUCAUUUGUCACUUUCUCCUGAUCUAUCUAAGUCCUGCAUCCUACCUAUUUCCUCAACACUACAUGCGCCUCCACCAAUCUUCGUAUCAUCUGCAAACUUGGCAAUAAAGCCACCUAUUCCAUCAUCUAAAUCAUUUAUAUACAGCAUAAAAGGAAGUGGUCCCAACACCGACCCCUGCAGAACACCACUAGUCACUGGUAGCCAAACAGAAAAGGGUCCUUUUAUUCCCACUCACUGCCUCCUGCCUAUCAGCCAAUGUUCUAACCAUGACUUUCCUGUAAUACCAUGGGUUCUUAAUUUGGUAAGCAGCCUCAUAUAUGGCACCUUGUCAAAGGCCUUUUGAAAGUCCAGAUAUACAACAUCAGCUGUAUCCCCUUUACCUAUCUUAGGUGUAAUCUCCUCAAAGAAUUCCAACAGGUUUAUCAGGCAAGACUCCCUCUUCAGGAAACCAAACUGACUUUGUCCUUUCUUGUCCUGUGUCUCCAAGUACUCUAUCACCUCAUCCUUAACAAUUGACUAACAUCUUCCCAACCACUGUGUCAUGGUCCGGUCCGUGAACUCUGCACUCUGGUUCACGGUGCAGUCCAUUGAUCCUUUGUCCAGGUUUUCCGGUUUUCCCCAGUUCUGUUGAUUCUCGUUUCAGGCUGGCAGAUAAAUACUCUGCAAACCAGAGACUGGGGCUGGACUGUUUUCUCUUUCUCUCGCUCCCUCUCCCCCUUUCUUCUGAAUCCCUGGCAGUUACUUCAGCACUAACCUUCAUCUGUAAUCUUCAUUUGUUAUCUUCGCUUGCGUCCUCGCCUGUAUCGCUGUCAAGGUCAACCGCCAGAGUGAGACCAGAGCCUUGCCAUGCCAAGAUAAGGAACUGUCUAUCGUUGAGUUUGCAACUGUCUCUUUGUGUCCCUGUGUUUAGCGUCUGUGUCAAAGAGUCCCAGCCCUACGUCCUGUUCCCAAGAAGGGGUCCCGGCUCUGCGUUCGGUGUUCCUGUGCUCAAGUCCAAGGCUCUGUGUUCCUGUGUUCCAACACCUGGUCCAGGUGCCAUGUUCCAGCCCUGCCCAGGUCUGAGCUUCCUGUCCUCUUCCAGUCUAUGUGCCUCGCCCAGCCCAGUGCUGGAGAUUCCUCGUCAGAUCCAAGCCACGUCCAAGAACCUCAUCCAGACCAAGCCAAGGCUUUGUAUUCCCAAUAUUAUCUUGUGUCUAUCUGUUCCUAGCCCCGAGCCGGAGUCAAGACCCAAGUUCUGGGUCCCUGUCCAGUCUCUGGCUCGGAGUCCUAGUCCAGGCUCCUUGUUCCAAGUUCCAUGACCAGGUCCAGUGUUCCUUGUCCUGUUCUUAGUACUUCGGUGUCUGUGUCUUGCAUUCGCGUCCUCUACCAUCACCCCCUUAUGACACACUGAGGUCAGGCUAACUGGUCUAUAAUUUCCUUUCUGCUGCCUUCCUCCUUUCUUAAAGAGUGGAGUGAUAUUUGUAAUUUUCCAGACCUCUGGCACUGUGCCAGAGCCCAAUGAUUUUUGAAAGAUCAUUUCUAGUGCACUACAAUCUCUAACACCACUUCUUACAAAACCCUUGGGUGCAGUUCAUCUGGUCAGGUUGAUUUAUGUACCCUUAGGUCUUUCAGCUUUUUGAGCACUUUCUCUUUUGUAAUAGUAACUGCACCUAUUUCUCUUCCUUCACACACUACAACAUCAGGCAUACUGCUAGUGUCCUCCACAGUGAAGACUGAUGCAAAAUACUCAUUUUGUUCAUCAGCCAUCUCCUUGAGCCCCAUUAAUAUUUUUCCUGUCUCAUUUGCUAGCAGUUCUAUAUCCACUCUCAUUUAUCUUUUAUUUUAACAUACUUGAAAGAACUUUGAUAUUAUUUGCUAGCUUGCUUUCAUAUUUAAUCUUUUCCCUUUCAAUGAUUUUUUUAGUUGCUCUCUGUAGGUUUUUAAAAGUUUCUGAAUCCUCUAUCUUCCCACUAAUUUUUGCUUUUUUGUAUGCCCUUUCUUUUGCUUUUACAAUAGCCUUGACUUCCCUUGCCAGACAUGGUUGUACUAUCUUUAUUCAGAUUCUGAUUCAGGUUCUGGAGGGGAAUAAACAGUCGACAUUUCAGGCCAAGACUCUUCAACAGGACUAGAUCUAUGCCCCAUUGCAUCCUUAGACAAUCUUCUUCACUGUCUACAUCUCCACCAAUCUAUGUUGCCAUCUGCAAACUUUCUAAUCAGAUCCCCUGCUGUGGUGGAUAAUAAUUACAUGGGACUUCGACAAGGAUCAUGAUGUUUUUCCACCCUUUUAACCUACUCUAAAAACAAUCUAGCCUUUCCUUCUCACAUUCGCCUCCAUUUUUCUAUCAUCGUGCUUUAAAUGUCCCUAAUGUAUCUUCCUCUACCACCACCCCAGCACAGUGUUCUACACUACUCUCUGUGAAAAACCCACCUCUAACAUCACCUCCAAAACCUUCCUUCAGUCACCUUCAAACUAUGCUCCCUUGAAUUCGCCACUUCUGCUCUGAGGAGAAGUUUUUCCGGCUGUCCACUCUAUCUUUGCCUCUUGGCUUGUACACCUCUCUGCAAAGAUAGAGAUUAGAUUAGUGUUAUUUGUCACACAUACCUCAAAACAUUGAAAAAUACAGUGAAGAGAAAACAAUUGCAUCAAGGACUAACACCGUCUGAGCACGUGCUGGGGGCAGCCCGCAAACGGCAGCAACAUGGCACGCACUAGACUCACUAAGCCUAACUCAUACGUCUUUGGAAACUGGAGCACCCAGAGGAAACCCAUGGGGAGAACAUACAAAUUACUAACAGACAACGACAGGAAUCAAACUCUGAUCGGUGAUCGCUGGCUCUGCAUAGCGAUCGCACUAACCGCUCGGCUACUAUGCUGUCCACUAUAUCAUCUGCUGAUCAACAACUGUAACCGUGGUCUUGGGGAAAGCACUCUGCUUCUGUUGUGAUCUUCAUGGUAAAUUCAAUAAACUCUCCUCACUAACCAUUCGACGUGUGAGCUCACUUGUGGCAAUUAGUAUUCAGCUGCAAACUACAAGGUAACUAGCAGCUGAACACUUUUAGAGUCAGAAUCAGAUUUAUUAUCACUGACAUACAGCAUGUCAUGAUAUCACCGGACAACAAAGAUUUUACUUCCUGAAUACUUCUGGGUGCAGAUCAUGAAAAUUAUCGUGAAAUUUCCCUAAGACUCAGAAGUUUAUGAAGCUGCCUGCAUUUGUUAUUUCCAUUCACUAUAACUGAUGCCAAGAUUAAGGAAGGCAUUUUUGUUGGUCCACAAAUCAAGCAGGUCCUCAACAACAGGUAAUUCAAAGUAUUUCCAGUGGGACCAGAGAAAAUCGCAUGGAAGACAUUCAAGGAUGUUAGUGAAAAUUUUCUUGUCAACUACAGAGCACCAAACUAUGUGCAGUUGGUUGACAACAUGCUUCAAGCACACGAAAGCAUGAAGUGCAACAAGUCAUGCAAGAUUCAUUCUGUGCAUUUCCAUUUAGACGUCUUUCCGGCUGAUCUUGGUGAUGAGCACGAUCUUCGGGACAACUGGAAUCCAUCAGUGCUGGCUGAUUAUUGUUGGACACUUAUGAGAAGCCUCAGACACUGAGUACAAAUGAAAAUCAUCAACAAGAAACUUUUAGCUUGGUUGAACUAUUGCAAAGCAUCAGCACCAUUAUGCAA